GAAGCCGAAGAAGAUGAGAGCAUCAGCAUUCAGCAGCAUCGGGAGAGACCGAAAGAGCUUUGUCGACAAUACUGUACUCACCUGCUCCACAUUUGAUCUUUACGCGCAGGAGCAGCAGCACUAAACUGUUGCUGCUGCACAAGGAAAGGACGCUCCCUCCGGUUUGCUAUGGCGGACAUCAAGAACUUCCUUUAUGCCUGGUGUGGGAAAAAAAAGUUAACCCCGAACUAUGACAUCCGAGCCGCUGGGACCAAAAACCGAUUCAUGUGUGAGGUGCGUGUGGAUGGCUUCAACUACACCGGCAUGGGCAACUCCACCAACAAGAAGGAUGCUCAGUCCAACGCCGCUCGUGACUUUGUCAACUAUCUGGUUCGAAUGGGAGAAAUGAAUGCCGCAGAGGUGCCGGCCCUUGGGGUGGGCAUGGCCAGGCACAUGGACAUGCCAGGCACCGAUCAGACCGACGUAGGAGCCAAAGCCUUGUUUGGAAAUCUGCCGACCGGUGGGCCACUGCCUCCUCACCUGGUGGUAAAGGCGGAACAUGACGAGAUAGCAGCCAGUUCAGCACCAGGGAUACCUGAAGGGGGCUUCUCAGGUGGCGGCGGAGGACCUGGACCUGCACCUGAAGCUGUUUGGGAGCGUGGCGCCAACCUGAAGGAGUACUACGCCAGGCGGGAUGAACAGGAAGCUCAUGCUACUCUGGAGUCAGAGGAGGUGGACCUGAACGCCAGUCUUCAUGGCAACUGGACUCUUGAGAACGCCAAAGCCCGUCUCAACCAGUUCUUCCAGAAGGAGAAGACCAGCGCAGACUAUAAAUACAGCCAAGUGGGGCCGGACCACAACAGGAGCUUCAUUGCCGAGAUGCAGCUGUUCGUCCGACAACUUGGCCGCCGCGUGACUGCGCGUGAGCACGGCUCCAACAAGAAGCUGGCGGCCCAGUCGUGCGCCUUGUCUCUGGUGCGCCAGCUGUACCACUUAGGCAUUUUCGAGGCUUACUCGGGAGUCACCAAGAAGAAGGAAGGAGAAAGUCUGGAAGUCUUUGAUGUGCUGGUGUCUCCUGACCUCCAACAGCAGCUCAGCGUCGUCAUCGGGGAGCUUGGAGUACAAAUCCCACCACCUCCCGCAAAUCCCGGCGAAUCUGUGUCGUUGGUUCCAGCCAAGAUGGCGGCGUUUGAGCCGUCUCAGCGGCAGACUGGCGCGGGCGUGGUUCCGUGGUCGCCCCCACAGGUCAACUGGAAUCCCUGGACCAGCAGCAACAUCGAUGAGGGGCCGCUGGCCUUUUGUACUCCAGAGCAGAUCAGUAUGGACCUUCAGCAUGAGAUGACGGAGCGGCUGGAGCACGACAGCGACCUUCUCAAGAUGCUUAGCGAGCGCGAGCAGCUACCCGUCAAGCAGUUUGAGGAAGAAAUCAUGUCUGCGGUGGACAACAACUCCGUCGUGAUCAUCAGAGGAGCGACUGGCUGCGGGAAGACCACUCAGGUCCCUCAGUACAUCCUGGACCGCUUCAUCAAGGCGGGCAAAGCCUCUGACUGCAACAUCGUGGUCACACAGCCCAGACGCAUCAGCGCUGUGUCGGUGGCAGAGCGCGUGGCCAUGGAGAGGGCGGAAGAUCUGGGUCAGAGCUGCGGCUACAGCGUCCGCUUUGAGUCCAUCCUGCCCCGCCCCCACGGCAGCAUCCUUUUCUGCACCAUCGGCGUACUCCUGAGAAAACUGGAGGCGGGAAUUCGAGGAAUCAGCCACGUCAUUGUGGAUGAGAUCCACGAGAGAGACAUCAACACGGAUUUCCUGAUGGUGGUCCUCAGGGAUGUGGUCCAGGCCUUCCCGCAGAUCCGCGUCAUCCUCAUGUCAGCUACGAUCGACACCACCAUGUUCCAAGAGUAUUUCUUCAACUGCCCCAUCAUCGAGGUGUUCGGACGCACCUUUUCCGUGCAAGAGUACUUCCUGGAGGACUGCAUCCAGAUGACCAACUUUGUGCCACCUCCGCUAGAGCGCAAGAAAAGAGACAAAGAUGAGGAGGGCGGCGGAGACGACGACGUCAACUGUAACCUGAUUUGCGGGCCCGACUACUCGGUGGAUACCAAGCGCUCCAUGGCGCAGUUGAACGAGAAGGAGAUGUCCUUUGAGCUGGUGGAGGCUCUCCUCAAGUACAUCGAGACGCUGCAGGUUUCGGGGGCUGUCCUCAUCUUCUUGCCCGGCUGGAAUCUCAUUUACGCCAUGCAGCGCCACCUGGAGUACAACCCCCACUUCAGCAGAAGCCGUUAUCGGAUCCUCCCACUUCACUCCCAGAUACCCCGAGAGGAGCAAAGGCUGGUGUUUGAGCCUGUGCCGGAAAACAUCAGGAAGGUAAUUUUGUCCACUAACAUCGCAGAGACCAGCAUCACCAUCAAUGACGUGGUCUACGUCAUAGACUCCUGCAAGCAGAAGGUGAAACUGUUCACAUCUCACAACAACAUGACUAACUACGCCACCGUGUGGGCCUCCAAAACCAACCUGGAGCAGAGGAAAGGGAGGGCUGGCCGAGUCCGAGCCGGAUUCAGUUUUCACCUCUGCAGUCGCGCGCGUUUUGAAAGACUGGAGACCCAUAUGACUCCCGAGAUCUUUAGGACUCCUCUGCACGAAGUCGCCCUGAGCAUUAAGUUGCUGAGGCUCGGCACCAUCGGUCACUUCCUGUCGAAAGCUAUCGAGCCGCCGCCAUUGGAUGCUGUCAUUGAGGCUGAGCACACGCUCAGAGAACUGGAUGCGCUGGACUCCAACGAUGAGCUGACUCCGCUGGGACGGAUCCUGGCCCGUUUGCCUAUCGAGCCCCGUCUGGGGAAGAUGAUGAUCAUGGGCUGCAUAUUUGGCGUGGGAGACGCCAUGUGCACCAUCUCGGCGGCGACCUGCUUCCAAGAACCGUUCAUCAGCGAGGGAAAGCGACUGGGGUUUGUCCACAGAAACUUUGCCGGCAGCCGCUUCUCGGACCACGUGGCGCUCUUGUGCGUCUUCCAGGCCUGGGACGAAGUCAGGAUUAACGGCGAGGAGGCGGAAUGCCGUUUCUGUGAACACAAACGUCUCAACAUGGCUACCCUGCGGAUGACCUGGGAGGCUAAAGUCCAGCUGAAGGAGAUUCUGGUCAACUCUGGAUUUCCUGAAGAGUGUCUGAUGACGCAGAUGUUCACGGCAACGGGACCAGACAACAACUUGGAUGUGGUGGUGUCUCUGCUGACGUAUGGCGCGUAUCCCAACGUUUGCUUCCACAAGGAGAAGAGGAAGAUCCUCACCACCGAGGGACGCAACGCACUCAUCCACAAAUCCUCCGUCAACUGCCCUUUCACAAGCCACGACCUCGUCUACCCUUCACCUUUCUUCGUCUUCAGUGAGAAGAUCCGCACCCGAGCCAUCUCCGCCAAAGGGAUGACGUUGGUCAGCGCGCUGCAGCUUCUGCUCUUCGCCUGCAAGAAGGUCUCCUCCAACGGAGACGUGGUCGAGCUGGAUGACUGGAUCAAGCUGAGGCUCCCUCACGACGCGGCAGGUCACAUCCUGGCUGUCCGGGCAGCGCUUGAAGCUGUGGUGGUGGAAGUGAGCAAAGAGCCACAGUACAUCUCCCAGUUGGACCAAAGCAACCAGCGGCUGCUGAACCUUAUCCGACACCUUUCCAAACCUUCUGCUGCCGGAAUCAACCUGGCCGUCGCCAACCACAGGAUGGGCGAUGGCCCUCGACCCCCCAAGAUGGGACGCCUGGACAGAGGAGGAAGAGGCUACCAGGGUGGAGGUGGUGGGCCCUACAGAGGAGGAGGAGGAUAUAGAGGAGGCAGCGGUGGAGGUUACAGAGGUGGAGGUGGCUAUGGCGGAGGUGGCUAUGGCGGAGGAAGAGGGGGCUACCGAGGGGGAGGAGGGGGCUAUUGGGGCGAAAGAGGAGGAUAUGGCGGAGGAGGCGGCUACCGAGGUAGAGGGUGGGGUGGCCGAGGAGGCUACGGUGGUUAUUAAGAGUAAAUGUCACUACGCAAUUGUCUACUUUGCUUGUUUUUCUUCAAUAAAUCACCAAACACAAA